AUGCCGCUGACAAACGAAUCCUACGACUCUCUCCCGUACGUCGACACCCACGUCGACGACGCUGGGCUCGCGGCGGCACGCGCAGCCAUACUCGCGGACCUCAGCACCGCGGGCGUCAACACGGCGGACCUGCACCCCGCCCUCGCCCCGGCCGCACAGUACACGCCGCGCUUCUCCGACCUCGUCGAGCGCGAACACGCCCGCCUGGACGCGAACCCGGCCUCGAGGCUGUCGGGCAUCGACGUGAAGCGCUACGAGGACCUCGACGCGCCAGAGAGCACGGGUGCCGUCGCCGACGAGGACCGGCCGGCGGCGGUGCAGCAGUGGAACCGCGCGCUGACCCAGGCGCACACGAGCGCCGAGUACGUCCAGGGCCGCCUGACGCAGCUGGGGCUGCUGGAGAAGUUUGGCAAGAACGCCUGGCUGGUCGGCAACGCCCAGCUCGAGGACCUGCUGCGGGGCCUCGAGGCCGACCUGGUCGACGUGCGUGGGCAGCACGACGACGUGGCCACGCUGCGGCGCACACAGCAGGAGGCCGUGCUCGGCGAGAUCAAGACGCUCGAGCACACGUGGAAGCAGGGCCUGGGGAGAGUGCUGGAGACCGAGGUGGCCGCCGAGGCCCUGAAGCAGCAGAUUCUCGACCGCCGACGCGCCGGGGCUGUGUAG